AUGAUACUGUGGGGACCACCCGGAUGUGGUAAAACCACUAUUGCACGCAUCAUGUCCAAUAUGACACAAUCCCGCUUUGUCGAACUCAGUGCCACCAGUCAUAAUACCGCGCAUGUCAAACAGGCCUUUGACGAAGCUAAAUCUUACCUUAGUUUGACAGCACAAAAAACCAUCAUCUUUAUUGAUGAAAUUCAUCGCUUUACAAAGUCACAGCAAGAUCUUUUCUUGCCCUAUGUUGAGCAUGGUACGAUUCGUCUCAUCGGUGCAACGACAGAGAACCCUAGCUUCAAGGUGAAUUCAGCUUUACUAUCACGGUGCAAAGUAUUUGUGUUGAAGACUUUGAAUCAAGAUCAUAUUGAAGCCAUCUUGACAAGAGGCCUUGAAGAAUGGAGAGGCGAAGAGGUAGUUGUUGAUACGGAUAAAGAUAAGGAUGCAAUAAAGCAACUGGCAGUAUUUAGUGAUGGCGAUGAUACGGUCAAGGGCGCAUUUCAAAAAUCGCAUCUGCUCUAUGAUCGUAACGGGGAUCAGCAUUAUGAUAUCAUUAGUGCAUUGCACAAGAGCAUCAGGGGAAGUGAUGCGGAUGCAGCUUUAUAUUGGCUAGGUAGGAUGCUGGAAGCAGGUGAGGAUCCAUUGUAUGUCGCAAGAAGAUUAGUGCGUUGUGCCAGUGAGGAUAUUGGACUAGCCGAUAAUACCGCAUUACCAUUGGCUAUGGCGACCUAUCAAGCCUGUGAAAAGAUUGGAAUGCCUGAAUGUGAUACGAUUCUUGCACAUUUGGUUGUUCAUUUAGCAGAGACGAAAAAGAGUGUACGCAGUUACAAGGCAUAUAAUCUGGUCAAGCAAACGAUUCAGCAAAAGCCUCAAUAUCCUGUUCCCAUGCAUAUAAGAAAUGCACCUACCAAGUUAAUGGAGGUAAAAUAUAAAAUAUGA